AUGAAAUAAGCAAUAAAAUCCUAAUCAAAUAAAAAUAGUAUUAAUAGCUAUUUUGAUCUGAAUAUAAAUGAUCCAGAUUUAGACUAUUUAGAUGAAGACUUUUUUAAAUUCCUUGAGAAAAAUAGAGGCCUGAUAAAUAAAUUUAAUCAGAAUUACCCUUCUUGGAGAAAUUAAAGCCAUAAACGUUCUGAUUCUUAAAAAAGAUUUGCAUAAAUACCCUCUAAACUUUCUAAGCUCUAAAAUAGUAAUAAUAUAAACUUACCUCCUAAACUAACAACACCAAGUAGCUCAACAAAUACUUCAAGCUAAAAUUCUUCCGUGAGCUCUGCUUACAAAAGAAUACCAUCUUGUGGAAAUAUUUCACUUAACGAAUCGAAAUCAACAACUUUCUUUCGUAAACCUACAAAAACUAAUUUACCUGCAAUAUAGUUACAACAAUAAAAUAAAAUAAAUGAUGAAAAUUAUUAAGAAAAAUCAGAAUAACAAGAAGGUAUUUCUAAGUUAAAAACAAAAAGGGAAGAAGUGAGGCCUUAAGUUUAAUGUAAAGCUUGGGGCAUAUAUAAAGAUGAAGAUGCUUCUUUUAUCUAAGGAGAAAACACAUAUGAAAUAAGGGAAAUGGCUUCAAUAACAAAAAUAAUGACUUGCUUAGUCUCUUUAAAGUUAGCUAAAAAGUUUGACAUAAAUGUUUCAGAAAUUUAUUUUAGUGUCUCUAAAACAGCAAUAAAUAUAAAUGGUACUACAGCUGGCUUAGAAGAAAAUUAAUGGUACACAAUAGAGGAUUUGUUAUAUGGAUUAAUGUUACCUAGUGGUAAUGAUGCAGCAAUUUGUCUAGCUGAAAAUUUUGGAUGCCUUUUAUAUUUUGAAAGUAUUGGAUAAAGUAAAUUGUUUUCAGAAAUACAAAGUGUUGAUGUGAGAGAUGACCAAUAUGUUUCUGAUUAUCAAAGAUACUUUUUAAAAGAAAUGAAUAAAAUUGCUAUGUAAUUUCUUUUGAGGUGCACUCAGUUUUCAAACCCUCAUGGAUUAGCAAAUAAACUUAAUAAAUCUAACUGUAAUGACUUAGCUAAACUCACUUAUAAAGCUAUGAAAUGGAGAUUGUUUCGAAAGAUAGUUCAGACCAAGACUUACCUAUCUAAAUAUAAAAUUAUAAAUGACCAAACCUAAGAUGUUACUUAUGGCACUAAUUUUUGGAAAAAUACUAAUAAGCUAUUAGAUUAAGGUUACUUAGGAGUAAAGACAGGUAUUACAACUUCAGCUGGGUCAUGCUUAAGCUCUUUUUAUUCAAAUUAUGUUCCUUCAUUAUAAAAAAAUAUUUCAGUAAUUGUAAUUGUUUUAGGAGGAUACAAAUCUGAUGAUCGAUUUGACGAUACUUAGUCUAUUAUUGAUUGGUAUAUUAAAACAUUAGAGGAGUAGUAAAAGUCUAAUAAAAUUUGA